GUUUGGAGAACGUAGGUGAAAAAUGUUUGCAAGAACUUAUAGACAGAAUCUGGUUCUUGUAAGCGAGCAGAGUUUUUGGGGAGAAGUGGAAACAUGUAAGAUCCAUGACCUCUUAUAUGAGUUAUGCUUAAGACAAGCUCGAAGUGAGAACCUCCUACCUGUUAUAAAUAGUAAACCACGGAAUAGCGUCACGCGUGUCUCCCUAUCAUCCAAACGGGACUGUCUAAUGAUUGUUCGCCCAAUUAACAUUUUUUAUUGGUUAAACUCUCAUCGCUGUGAUCAAAAGAAAAUACGCACUAUUGUCUAUCAAGGUGCACGCAGACAUGCAGGAAGAGAAAGUUUAGGAUUCAAGAAUUUCAAAAUGAUCAGAGUAUUUGACUUGAGAAAGUUAUACUUUCACCGUGAAAUUCCAACUUUAGUAUUUGAUUUGGUGCAUCUAAGGUAUCUAUCCUUGUACGUUGGAAAUCAUGAAUAUCUCCCUCUUUUCAACCUUCAAAACUUGCAAAUUCUGAUCAUUGAAAUAGGAAAGAAUUGGGCAGAUAGUAUACCUUUAAACAUUUGGAGGAUGCCACAGUUAAGGACUCUACGCUUUAUGAAGUCAGGAUGGUUAUGUCCUCCGAUUAUGCCUAGUGGUGAAGAGGAGCAUGCGGUUUUAGAACACCUGCAUACUAUAACCGGUGUUGGUCCUGCAUGGUGUGAAAAGGAAAUUUUUGCAUUAAUGCCUAACUUGAAGAACUUGGAAAUCGUGUUGAACAGAGUUGCUCAUGAAUUGUGGAUACCUGUUUCCUCUUUGCCACUAAUAGAAACACUUAGAAUUAUAGUUGGAAAAAUGGAUGACAAUAUCUUUGCCCAGUACCAGUUGAAUGCACGUAAAAAGUUUUUGAAAUAUCGAAGUACCUUUCCACCAACCCUUAGAAGGCUGACAUUAGGCGGGACGUGUCUUCCUUGGGAGGCUAUGGACAUUGUUGGCAUGUUGCCUAACCUCGUGACACUCGAAUUGGAAGACGACGCAUGCGGAGUUGAAUCCGAGACCACAUGGGAACCCACUGAAGGAGGGUUUCCUUGAUUAAAGUUCUUGUCACUGUGUCAUAUGCUUUGUUUCACCGAGUGGAAAGAUACUGAGGAUCAUUUUCCAGUCCUUGAGAGACUUUUUAUAUCCCACUGCCUGUGGCUAGAAGAGAUCCCACAAGAAUUUUCAAAUAUUCUUACACUGCAGCUGAUCGAGUUACAUGACUGUUGUAUUCACCUGGCCUCAUCAGCACAGCAGAUUCGACAAGAGCAAGAAGACACUUUUGGAAGCCAAGUGACAAAUGUCCAUACAUACAAUUGCGGACAAGUAUCAUUGGGAAUGAUUUAACAAAGAAAGAGCUGGAAAUAUAUUUCAAAAUGUCUUGUAUAUAUGAUUUCCAACGGAAUGUUGUUCUGGUGGCAAAAUUGAGGCCCUGUUAUAACCUUGAAUUUUCGGGUUCAUUCUCCUAAAAAUUAGGACGUAUAGCUCAUUUUAUUUCUAUUCCUCCUUGGAAGAUGCGCAACAUUGCACUACUAGUAGUUAAUAGAGAAGUUUAUCGUGUGCCUCACACAACUGCUCUUUUUGUCUCACAAAAUUGUGGAUCUCAAUCUUAUACUUCUGGUUCCACAAAUAUCUGGUCCACAGAAUUGUAAGACAAAAAAAAUGCCUCAUAUGAGACAAAAUAAAAUUUUCCGCAGUUUAUACUCCAUUGGUUUUGAACUUGUUUAUUACUGAGUACUUUUUAUUAAGACUUAGCUUUAUAAUUAUCCCAAUAUAUGCGUGAAGAUUGUAAUUUAACUGUAAUUUGAUGGUUAAGAUGCUAAUAUUUGUACUUCUUUUCUUUUUAAUAGCUUAGUGCUUCAAAUGCCUCCAAUGCCCCCAAUAACUUACUGAAGAGAAAUUCCUGCGGACUGAGGGAAGGUAGUUGCAACCAUACACUUCGUUUAGAGCUUUCUAUUUUUCUCGAGCAUGGUGUUAAGAAAUUAAGAUCCUUAUGCAUUUGGUUGUGUUUUUA